CACCCCCGCCCACCACCAAAAAGGUUUAGUGAGAAAAGUGGCAUCGUUAGACAUUUUUGCAAACAGCAAGAUUCUCAUAGUUGGCUCUGCAUUUAAUCUGUUACAAAAGAAAAACUGGUAUCAUACAGAUGGGUCAUUGGAAAAGGAGGGAAUGUUUUAACAACCUUUUCAGAUAAUAGAGAUCUUAUACCAAAACUUGGCAAUUUGUAGUUUCUUAAAGGGUUAGUUGCAUUCUAGAAUCUCAAACUGUAUAUAAAAAACUUUUGUCCCAUUACUUGAAAAUUCAUUGGUCUUUCACUUUGAAGGGAUCCUUUGUUGAUGAAUCAUUUUGUGCCGUCAUACAUUGGUCCCUGGAAAAUACUGGUUCUCUGACUUACACAGAUCUUGCAGAUGUUGAUACAGUACCAGCCACUCACAUGUCAUCAAUAUCACUACUGAUCUUACCAGAAACUCUACAAAUUGGAGAUACUUGCCAAGCUUUUUUUUUUUUUUUCUUGAAUGUGGUCCUUGGCAAUAAAUGCUGUUAUUUUUCUUGAAGUGACAGGCUCACUUUGCUCAUUUUUGAGAAAGUGUCUGCUGUAGACACAAGUCUAAAUAACCAGACUUUGCCAGUUGUUCCUUGAAAUGCAAAACCUCUUCCAUGAAAAAGGUGACGGGCAGCUUGCAGCCUGAGCAGUUGAGCAGGUGUCUCUCCUUCUCGCCCUCUCCACGCUUCUGUAUGCAGCAGGCGCACUCUGCAGACUUCCAGUCACCCUGAAUACUACCAAGACGUGUGUUCAGGCUCAAGAUGGGAUGAAGUUGGUUGUGUUGCUGUGAGAGCGUGAAUUACCAAAGUAGCCCAUACAGAGAGAGAGCAGAACAGCCAAGAUUGGAUUCUGAAGUGAUUUGCCAUCAUGGAGUAAGAAAGAGGUGUGCAACAGAGGAACAUGGCUCAAGAAACUAAUCACAGCCAAGUGCCUAUGCUUUGUUCCACUGGCUGCGGAUUUUACGGAAACCCUCGUACGAAUGGCAUGUGUUCAGUGUGCUAUAAAGAACAUCUUCAAAGACAGAAUAGUAGUAAUGGUAGAAUAAGCCCACCUGGUAAGAAUCAGUCACUUUUAUCAGAAUCUGUAGCAUCUUCCCAAGUGGACAGUACAUCUGUGGACAAAUCAGGACCCGAAACAGAAGACCUGCAAGCUUCAGUAUCAGAUACGGCACAACAGCCAUCUGAAGAGCAAAGCAAGUCUCUUGAAAAACCAAAACAAAAAAAGAAUCGCUGUUUCAUGUGGGAAGCCAGGGCCAAGGAUUCUGAGGGAGCAAAGGGCUUUCUGGGUGUGAGCACAGUGGGGAAACGGAACAGCAGUGACCUGGUGCCUUGCCUGUUUAUGAUAAAUACCACUGAAGUACAUCGUAAACCGGACGCUGCCCGUCUGGGGGAGGGGCGGGUAGGUUUCGACGUGCGCACUGUCUCAGGUGAUCGCCUCGGUGCAGAUCCCCAGCUCCGAUGUGCUGUGAGCUCACUGCUUCACGGGCCACACGACCGUUUCCCUUACAAGUGUCCCCCCCCCUUCUUGAUCCAUGAAGUCCCCUUAUUGAUGCUACUUGUGUUUCCAACAGGAGAAGGAAUGCGCCAGGCAGCCACCAUCUGCAAGUCCAAUUUUAAGUACAUGUACUGGACGAUGCUUCAGCAGCUGACCCACCACACCGUCAAUGGCUGCAACCUUCGCCCAGGGGACCUGUUGGCUUCUGGAACCAUCAGCGGGCCGGAGCCAGAGAGCUUUGGCAGCAUGCUGGAGCUGUCGUGGAGGGGGACAAAGGCCAUUGAGCUGGGGCACGGACACACCAGGAAGUUCCUGCUGGACGGUGAUGAAGUCAUCAUAACAGGUGAGGGCAGCCAGGCCCGGUGGACUCCGCGCGUCCCCCGCUCGCCUGCGCGCCCUGUUCUGGCCGAGAAGCCGUCUGUGCGAUCUCGUCCCCACUCUGGCAUUCCCGGGCCCCCCGUGUCUGCUUGAGACCCUCCCCCACAGCUGUGGCCCCCGGGGACUGUGAAGCUCAGUCCUUGGGACCGAGAAGACCCUCGGAGUCCGCUCUGUCUCCUUCCUUCCCAAGCGAGGCUGUGGAGUA